UUUAAGACGCCGUUUUCGGCCAGAAAGCUGCGACUCUCCAAGGUUACCUGGUACUCCAACAUUCUUACCUCCCGGAUCUAUCCGAACAAGUUGACCUCCAUGCGACAUGGACGACAACCAUUCCCGACGAUACGGUCUUGAGCCUCUGCAUUCUGAUUUCAUACCCAAGCUAUCACCACCCAGGGAGCCAAUCCUUUGGGUCGGCUGCUCAGAUAGUAGUUGUGAAGAACUUGCGCUGCUGGAUGUGUCGCCGGAUGAUGUAUUCCAACAUAGGAACCUAGGAAACAUAUUGAUAGAUGAUCUGUCUUGCACAACAGCUGUUCAUUAUGCAGUCAGUUCUCUCAGUAUCACACAUAUCGUCAUCUGCGGACAUUACGGAUGCGGUAUCGUGAAGACGGCACAAAAUCCCGGUUUAAAAGACCCCUGGACAAGCAUAAUUGACGGCCUGCGAACAGCGCACAGCUCUAGCCUUCAAGGCUUAACAGAGGAGGAGCAGGAUCGCCGGCUGGUCGAGUGGAAUGUAGUUGAGCAGAUUCGCUCCGUGGGCCAAAUUCCGGAAGUUGUGGACGCUAUCGACCAACGCGGCUUGAAGGUCCAUGGUGUUGUCUAUGACAGUGCCUCCCGGAGAGGGUAUCGCGUCACUAACGUGGGUGUUCAUGGUAGGGUGUUAGUGUGAUUUGGGUAUAGAUUUCUUGCCGAUUUCUUUGUUUUGUUUCUAGCUGCUGUGUACCAUCACUGUAUCUAAUCAUGAGUAGAACUGUCUAUUCCGUCCAUAGAAGUCUGUUCUAU